AUGAGAAUAGCAAUCGUAGGUACAGGUGUAUCGGGUAUAUCAGCCUUAUGGCUGCUCAACGAGUUCUCGGAUCAUGAAGUGAAUAUAUAUGAGAAAGAUGAGAGACCUGGUGGACAUACCAAUACUGUCGAAUUCAAGAGGGAGGGAAAGGAACCUUGUCAGGUGGAUACAGGAUUUAUCGUCUGUAAUCCACCUACAUAUCCAAACUUCCUGCGAUUCCUACAACAUCUGAAAAUACCACUAUUGAAAACGGAAAUGACCUUUUCGGUGACGAGGGAUAGAGGAGCGUUCGAAUGGGCCGGUGAAGGACUAGGAGGGGUUUUCUGUCAAUUAUCGAAUCUGUUCAACCCCCGAUUGUACAGGAUGUUAUUUGAUAUAAUUCGAUUUAACCUCUUUGCGACUGACUUGUUACACCAGGAAGGCGAUAGGGAAGGUAUAAGUAUAGGUGAUUAUCUGGAUAAAGAAGGGUAUGGAGAAGGCUUCAGAGAUGAUUAUUUAAUGCCCAUGACAGGAGCUAUAUGGUCUACACCAGCGGAUCAAGCUGCGCUAGAUUUCCCAGCAUCAACAUUAAUACGAUUUUUCCACAAUCAUCAUUUACUGCAGAUAACUGGUAAACCUAAAUGGUUAACGGUUCAAGGUGGAUCUAAGAAAUACCUGGAUGCGGUAUUGGGUAAAUUACCAAAAGAGAAUUUACACCUCAAUACGGAGAUAACGGCCAUUGAAUCUGUGGAUAAUGGAGUUCAUCUUGUGGAGGCUUCAGGUCAGAAACAUCUAUAUGAUCAUGUUAUCCUAGCUACACAUUCAGACACGACGUUGAGGCUGCUCCAAAGUGGUGGUGGGUUGACGGAGGAUGAAGAGAAAGCUCUAGGGCCAUGGAAAUGGAGUAAGAAUGAGGCGAUACUACACUGGGAUGAGAGGUUGAUGCCCAUCAGGCGGAAAGCUUACUCAGCUUGGAAUUACCUGACUUUGACUGAAAGUGAUGGGAAUAAGCCUCGUACUUCGGACACGGAAGUUGAGACCGUGGCUUUAACAUACGAUAUGAAUAUCCUCCAACACCUUCCCGAAUCCAAACAUGGUCUAGUCCUUGUCACUCUGAAUCCGCCAUUCCCAGUUGACGAAAGCAAAGUCAUUCGAAAGUUCACUUACGAACAUCCCAUGAUGACUCAUGAAUCGGUCGCUUCCCAAGCGCUACUCCCUUCUAUACAGAACAAACGAGGUAUAUCAUAUGCCGGAGCGUGGACUAAAUAUGGUUUCCACGAAGAUGGGUUCACGUCAUCUAUGAAAUUGUUACUUGAACCUCCAUUCAACGUAUACUCCCCUUUCCCCUUACGACCAGCUACUAGGGAUUUACCUACUACCACUUUUGGUAUAUUGGCUGCUAGGAUAUUGGUGAACGUACUGGAGAGCUUGAGAAGGAGGGUGCAACCUGCAUGGUAUUGGGUUAGAUACGUUGUGAUCAUUGGAUUGGUAUGGUUGGAACAAGUAUUGGGGGCUGCGAGGUGGAGAGAAGGUCAAGAGGAAGUUGGAAGAUUGAAAGGAUACUGGGUAGGGAGUGAUGGGGAGAGUAAGAAGAGGAGAUGA